GAGAGCAGUAGUGGGGUGAAGGCGGCAAGGCGGCAUCCGACAGUGCGCGUGCUGCCCUUCCGCGGUGCUCCGGAGGACGGCCACGUCGGCAAUCUGUGGCGUUGGUUGCACCGGUGAACGGCAUUCCCGAUGCUAGCCUACGGGGGCGCUCUCUCUCAGCGGCGCCUCUGCGCAAGUGGGCUGUUCCUCCGCCGAGCUUACCCAUCAUGGCUGCAAUCUGGGUCGCGAUCGGAAGCUGCCGGAGUCGGGAUUGGGGCCGCGCGGUUGAAGGGGGUUGUUAGAGAUAGGAGUAGCGCGCUGUGGACCCGUGUGCUGUCUUCCAAUAGGACGGAUGACUCGGGCGUAGGGGAUAGCCCCUCUCCGGAUGGUGGCGAAGGGGCACCGGGGGGUCCUGUACCGACCGCUGGGCACGGGGGGGGGGGGGGGGGGGGGGGGGCCGGGGCGCACGUGACAGGGGUAGAGGUAACUUCAGAUGCAGGGAAGGGAGGUGACGAUGGUAUCGGCGCUGAAGACGUCAGUGGAGGAGGAAGCGUUGGGUCGGGGGCAGGGGGGGGUAAGGGUAGGAGGAAAGGAGGGGUUUUUGGCAAAUGGUGGAGGGGGUCGCAGGGGGGGACCGGAGGUAGAAAGGAAGAUCAGAGACACGAGGUGGCGGCUAUGGCGGUAUCAGAAUCAGACGGCUACUCAACGGGAUCAUCUUCGUCUGGGGAGGGAUCAGGCGAUGGGGAUACCGAUGGCGGGAAUUCAUCGGACGACACGCGGCACAGCUCAGGAGGAGAAGAGGACGCGCCGUCGGAUAGCAUGGCGGCAAUUGUCCCCGCCGGACCGCGGCCAGAGAACUUCCCGAAGGUGCUUGCAGUUCCCUUGACAAGACGACCACUGUUUCCUGGUUUCUUCGUUCCUGUGACAAUCAAG